AUGGCAUCGUCAAUAAGUCAUAGAAAAACAAGAGAUGAGUAUAAGAAAGAGAAAGAAUUAGAUGAAGCAAGAAAAGCUGGUAAUGCACCAGCAGAGUUAGAUGAAGAGGGUAAAGAGAUUAAUCCACAUAUUCCAGAGUAUAUUCUUAAAGCACCAUGGUAUUUAAAUGCAAAUAAACCAAGUUUAAAACAUCAACGUGGUGUUACAAAGAAGGAGAUGGAUAAAGGAUGGUAUUUAAGAGGUGCAACCACUGGUGAAGCAGCAACCAAAUUCAGAAAAGGUGCAUGUGAAAAUUGUGGUGCAAUGACUCAUAAAACCAAAGAUUGUUGUGAGCGUCCAAGAAAGUUGGGUGCAAAAUUUACAAAUGAUGAUAUAAAACCAGAUGAGGUCAUUCAAAAGUUAGAAUUGGAUUAUGAUAGUAAACGUGAUCCAUACAAUGGUUACGACCCAUCCUCAUACAAAGAGGUGAUGGAUAUCUAUGAAAAAGCAGAUACAGAAAGAAAGAAAAAGAAACUACAAGAAUUAAUUAAACAACAUGGUGGUGGUGGUGAUAAAAAGACACCUGAUGUUGAUGAAACAUUAUCAAAAGAAUUGAUGGAUAAUGAGGAGAAGGAGGGAUCAUAUGAUAGUGAAACCGUUGCACCAAUACAAAAAUUAGAUCAAAAGUCAAGAACCACAAUUAGAAAUCUUAGAAUUCGUGAAGAUACUGCAAAAUAUUUGUAUAAUUUAGAUGUAAACUCUGCAUUCUACGAACCAAAGAGUCGUUCAAUGAGAGAUAACCCAUUACCUAAUGCAAAUCCAAACGAUAUUAAAUUUGCUGGUGAUAAUUUUGCACGUACAAGUGGUGAGACUAAAGAGUUUAGAGAUUUACAAAGAUUCGCUUGGGAAGCACAAGAAAAGGGUCAAGAUGUCGAUAUCUCUAGUGCACCAUCACAAGCUGCCCUCUUACAUGCCGAUUUCCUUAGAAAGAAAGAACAAUUAAAACAACAAACUAGAAAUCAACUUUUAACUAAAUAUGGUGGUGAAGAACAUCUCUUGAAACAGGAGGAAAUCGAUAAAGUACCACAAUCGGAAAUUUACACCGAAUACAGUUCCUCUGGUAAAUUAAUCAAGGGUGAAGAGAAAAUUGUAAAAUCAAAAUAUGAAGAGGAUGUAUUUUUAAAUAAUCAUAAAUCAAUUUGGGGUUCAUAUUGGGAAAAUGGUCAAUGGGGUUUCGCUUGUUGCAGACAAUUAAUUAAAAAUGCUUAUUGUACAGGUGAAAAAGGUAAAUUAUUACGUGAAAAACAAUUACAACAACAACAACAACAUCAUAUACAACAAGAAAAUCAACAAGAUGAUGACGAUAAUAAUACUACAACUACAACUACUACCACCACAACCUCAUUAUUAGAACAACAUUUAAAUAAAUCAAAUGAAGAUAAUGAUAAACAUAAUAAAAAAGAAGGAAAAAGAAAAGAUAAAAAAGAAAGAAAAGAAAAAGAAGAAAAAUUAAAAAAAGCAUUAAAAGAUCAAGAUGAAGAAAAUAAGAAAUCAGUUGAAAAAGAUGAAAGAAAUAUUAAAUAUAAUUCAUUAUCUGCUGAUGAUUAUAAUGUAUCAGAGGAACAAAUGGAAGCUUAUAAUUUAAAAAGAAAAAGAUCUGAUGAUCCAAUGGCAAAUUUUAAAGAUGAUAGUGAUUAA